AUGGAUCAGCCGCUUGUGACGCCUCUGUACGAUGAUAGGUAUCCAGUACUCGUCAAGAAGGAUAUUUCGGAUCCCAAGUCUCCAAAGUUCAUUGGAACAUAUUCGGUGAAGCGAAACCGCAUAGUUUACCUCAAUGAGAAGGACGAAAAAAUUUUCAUCAAAAAGGUCUCAGUUAAGGCGAAGAAAGGUUCCAUACACGAGUACAAGGUUGAGACUCUUUGCGUCACUCGCUAUAAAUAG